AUGGCUUCUCCGUCCAAAGGCAACGACCUGUUUUCGUCUGAUGAGGAGGGCCCAGCUAUGGUGGCCGGGCCGGGCCCGGGUCCGGGGGGCGCCGAGGGGGCCGCCGAGGAGCGUCGCGUCAAGGUCUCCAGCCUGCCUUUCAGCGUGGAGGCGCUCAUGUCGGACAAGAAGCCGCCCAAGGAGCCGUCCCCUCGGCCGGCCGAGAGCGCCUCCUCCGCAGCCACCGUGCGGCCGCUGCUGCUGCCGGGACACGGCGCCCGGGAAUCGCACAGCCCGGGCUCGCUGGUCAAGCCCUUCGAGACGGCCUCGGUCAAGUCGGAAAAUUCUGAAGACGGAGCGACGUGGAUGCAGGAACCCGGCCGAUAUUCACCGCCACCAAGACACAUGAGCCCUACCACCUGCACCCUUCGGAAACACAAGACGAAUCGCAAGCCUCGGACGCCCUUCACCACGUCCCAGCUCCUGGCUCUGGAGCGCAAGUUCCGGCAGAAACAGUACCUCUCCAUAGCAGAGCGGGCGGAGUUCUCCAGCUCUCUGAACCUCACAGAGACCCAGGUCAAAAUCUGGUUCCAGAAUCGCCGGGCUAAGGCGAAAAGAUUGCAGGAGGCAGAACUAGAAAAGCUGAAGAUGGCUGCCAAACCCAUGCUACCCUCGGGCUUUAGCCUGCCUUUCCCCAUCAACUCGCCCCUGCAAGCAGCCUCCCUCUAUGGAGCCUCGUACCCUUUCCAUAGACCUGUGCUGCCCAUUCCGCCUGUGGGACUCUAUGCCACGCCCGUGGGAUAUGGCAUGUACCACUUAUCCUAAGGAAGACCAGCUUGAUGGACACCGUGUUGGAUGCUUGUUUUUAAAAGCAUUCCCUUCUCCAAGUGCCAACCCGGUACUCCUGCAGACCCUGCCCCGCGCACUACCCUAAGCUGACAGGGCCCCAUGAUAUAGUUUGAAUCAAUGUUCCUUAAGCUAGAGGCGCCAAGUUUGCUCUGCUUUCUUGGUGUACUCUUCCUGCAGCCCCCUUGUCCCUUCACAAAGAUUGGCUCUGACAGUUUUUAUAUAUAAGUAUAUAUAUAUUAUUAUAAUAAAGUAUAAUUCAUUUUUA